AUGAGAUUGAAAUUUCCUGUCUUUUGCUCUUCAGAGACCUCUUCAACCUUUUCUCCAAUGGCAGGAGAGAAAAAAUCGCCGAUCAAGCGUAGAGAUAGGGCCGCCGUCGUUGUUCUUGGAGACAUUGGGCGUAGCCCACGUAUGCAAUACCACGCUCUUUCCCUUGCACGUCAGGCCUUUCUAGAGGUUGAUAUUGUUGCAUAUGGAGGUUCAGAGCCUCACAGUGCAGUUUUAGAGCACUCAUCUAUCCAUAUUCACAAAAUGCCGCAAUGGCCAACUAGUGGGCGAAGUCUGCCAAAGAUAUUUCGUCCCUUAAUGCUUAUGCUCAAGCCAAUUGUUCAAUUUCUUUUGCUGCUUUGGUAUCUUUGUGUGAAGAUACCGGCUCCUGAUGUCUUUAUAGUCCAGAAUCCACCAUCUGUUCCUACCCUAGUAGGUGUAAAGUGGGCUAGCUGGUUGAGACAUUCGAUAUUUAUUGUAGAUUGGCAUAAUUUUGGAUAUACAUUGCUUGCAUUAUCACUUGGAAGGAGUAGCUUAUUCGUGUCACUAUAUCGUUGGAUUGAGAAGCGGUAUGGCAGGAUGGCCCAUGGUUCUUUGUGCGUGACCAGGGCAAUGCAACAUGAAUUGGCUGAGAACUGGGGAAUUAAAGCCACUGUUCUGUAUGAUCAGCCCCCUGAGUUUUUUCGACCUGCUUCCCUAGAGGAGAAGCACAAGUUAUUUUGCAGGAUCAGCAAAAGCCUCAACCAGCCAUCUGGUUUUCAGGAUUGCAUUAGUAAUGGAAUGACAGCAUCAGAUAACAAUGAUCCUAAUGUAACUCCAUUUACAGCUCAGCUUGGCACUGAUAUUUUCCUGAAGCAUAAUGGACCAGCACUCAUUGUUAGCAGCACGAGCUGGACUCCAGAUGAAGACUUUAGCAUUCUUUUGGAAGCAGCACUCAUGUAUGAUAGACGUGUUGCUGCACUAUUAAAUGAGGAUGACGCGACCAGAGAUGAAGUUGUUUGGAAGGAGAUUUCUGAUGGGAAGAAAUUCUCAUACCCGAGGUUGUUAUUCAUCAUUACUGGUAAAGGGCCUGAAAAGGAAAAAUAUGAACAAAAAAUAAGGAAACUGAACCUCAAACGCGUAGCAUUCCGUACGAUGUGGUUAUCAGCGGAGGAUUAUCCUUUGCUUCUUGGGUCAGCAGAUCUUGGUGUUUGCCUGCAUACUUCUUCAUCAGGGUUGGAUCUACCCAUGAAGGUUGUGGAUAUGUUUGGCUGCGGACUCCCCGUCUGUGCUGUUUCAUAUUCUUGUAUCAAGGAGCUGGUAGAAGUUGAAAAGAAUGGCCUCCUUUUCUCUUCGUCUUCAGAGCUAGCUGAUGAACUCAUGAUGCUAUUCAAAGGUUUCCCAGAAAAGUGUGAUGCAUUAAACAAGUUGAGGAUGGGCGUGAUGGAAAGGGUAUCUUCAGCAAGGUGGGCGAACGAGUGGGAGGAAAAUGCCAAGCCCUUAAUAUCCAAGGUCAUUUCUGAGAACUUCAGCUGA